GGAGCUCGUAUCGGAGAGGCGCUAGAGAGGGAGCUGUUGAAACCCUCGGCGUUCGGUUCCGCGUUUCUUGGGGAGUGGGAGUUGAGCUGCUCGUUGGGCGAUUCUUUCCGGCCGGAUACGACAAUGGGGACGGCGAUCCUCUCCGAUCUCCUGACGGAGAUUCUGAUUCCUGUGGCCGCGGUCGUCGGGAUCGUAUUCGCCCUGAUCCAGUGGAUGUUGGUCUCCAAGGUGAAGCUCUCGCCAGAGCAGCACCCACCGGCUAGCGGAAACAAGAACGGUUACACUGAUUACCUCAUCGAGGAAGAGGAAGGCCUCAACGACCACAACAUCGUCGUCAAGUGCGCCGACAUUCAGAGCGCCAUUUCGGAGGGAGCUACAUCUUUCCUUUUCACGGAAUAUCAGUAUGUUGGGGUGUUCAUGGUGGCUUUUGCAAUUCUGAUCUUCCUCUUCCUUGGCUCUGUGGAGGGCUUCAGCACAAAGAGUCAGCCCUGCACCUAUAGCAAGGAUAAGACUUGCAAGCCUGCCCUUGCUAAUGCCAUUUUUAGCACAGUGUCUUUCUUGCUUGGUGCAAUCACCUCUGUGGUUUCUGGCUUUCUUGGGAUGAAGAUUGCAACUUAUGCAAACGCCAGGACUACUUUGGAGGCCAGGAAGGGUGUUGGAAAGGCAUUCAUUACUGCAUUCCGGUCUGGUGCAGUAAUGGGGUUUUUGCUUGCUGCAAAUGGGCUUCUGGUACUCUUCAUUGCAAUCAACCUCUUCAAGUUGUAUUAUGGAGAAGAUUGGGAAGGCCUUUUUGAGGCUAUUACUGGUUAUGGCCUUGGUGGUUCUUCCAUGGCCCUUUUUGGGAGAGUUGGUGGAGGCAUUUAUACAAAAGCUGCUGAUGUUGGUGCUGACCUUGUUGGAAAGGUUGAGAGGAACAUCCCUGAGGAUGACCCUAGAAACCCAGCUGUGAUUGCUGACAAUGUUGGUGAUAAUGUUGGUGAUAUUGCUGGUAUGGGGUCGGAUCUGUUUGGCUCAUAUGCUGAGUCUUCCUGUGCUGCCCUUGUGGUUGCCUCAAUCUCUUCCUUUGGAGUUAACCAUGAACUGACUGCCAUGCUGUACCCCCUGCUCAUUAGCUCCAUUGGUAUCAUUGUUUGUUUGAUCACUACUCUCUUUGCAACUGACUUCUUUGAGAUAAAGGCAGUGAAGGAGAUCGAGCCUGCACUUAAGAGGCAGCUCAUAAUCUCCACUGCUCUUAUGACUGUGGGAAUUGGGAUUGUUAGUUGGAUAGCUCUCCCAUCAACCUUUACAAUCUUCAAUUUCGGUGCCCAGAAGACAGUGAAGAACUGGGAGCUGUUCUUCUGUGUGGCAAUUGGUUUGUGGGCUGGCCUGGUCAUAGGGUUUGUUACUGAAUACUAUACAAGCAAUGCAUACAGCCCUGUGCAAGAUGUUGCCGAUUCAUGUAGAACUGGAGCUGCCACUAAUGUUAUCUUCGGGCUUGCUUUGGGAUACAAAUCUGUCAUCAUUCCAAUUUUUGCGAUUGCUGUCAGCAUAUUUGUUAGUUUUAGUUUUGCUGCUAUGUAUGGUAUUGCAGUUGCUGCUCUAGGAAUGCUCAGCACCAUUGCUACUGGGCUUGCCAUUGAUGCAUAUGGGCCCAUCAGUGACAAUGCUGGAGGUAUUGCUGAGAUGGCUGGAAUGAGCCACAGAAUUCGUGAGAGAACUGAUGCUCUAGAUGCUGCUGGAAACACUACUGCUGCCAUUGGAAAGGGAUUUGCUAUUGGUUCAGCUGCCUUGGUAUCUCUGGCACUUUUUGGUGCUUUUGUGAGCCGAGCAGACAUUUCAACCGUUGAUGUUCUUACCCCUAAAGUCUUCAUUGGAUUGCUUGUUGGUGCAAUGCUUCCUUACUGGUUCUCAGCCAUGACCAUGAAGAGUGUUGGUAGUGCAGCUCUCAAGAUGGUUGAAGAAGUCCGCAGGCAAUUCAACACCAUUCCUGGGCUCAUGGAGGGAAGUACGAAACCAGACUAUGCCACCUGUGUCAAGAUAUCCACAGAUGCUUCUAUCAAGGAAAUGAUUCCUCCUGGUGCUCUUGUCAUGCUCACCCCUCUAAUCGUUGGAACCUUCUUUGGUGUGGAAACUCUGUCAGGAGUUCUUGCAGGCUCUCUUGUUUCCGGUGUUCAGAUUGCUAUCUCCGCAUCCAACACUGGUGGGGCAUGGGACAAUGCAAAGAAAUAUAUCGAGGCUGGAGCUUCGGAGCAUGCCAGGACCCUUGGUCCCAAAGGAUCAGAUCCCCACAAGGCCGCAGUGAUCGGUGACACCAUUGGUGACCCUCUCAAAGACACAUCAGGGCCAUCGCUCAACAUUCUCAUCAAGCUCAUGGCUGUGGAGUCACUUGUAUUUGCUCCUUUCUUCGCCACACAUGGAGGUCUUCUCUUCAAGAUCUUCUGAAGGAUAAAAGAAAGAGUUGCUUCAUCACACUUCAGAAAAUGCAUCCUACCCCUCAAAGCACCGCACCGCUACAUCAUCAUCGGAUCACAUCCUCUUUCUAUUUAUCUUCCCCCCUGAUCUUCUAUACUUAGAACUCCGAUUUUUAUUUUUAUCUUUGGUCCUUAGUUUCAGGUGGUUCUCACGGUGUUACGUUCGAGUGCCCAUCUUUGCUGGGCAUGAGCAGUUAAAUUUUCCUUGUGGUAGAUAAAUUGUGAUGAUGAUGACAAUGAUGAUCCUCAGAAAGAGAUUAUAGACGGUUUUCAUAAAAUCUUGCGGUUUGCCUGCUUUUCA